CAGCUGCGAGGAAAAAGCCGGCUGCCGGGGGCGUGAGGAAGAAAGGGGAGGGAGCCCGACACGGAAGUGGGGGUAGCGUCUGGGAAGCAGACGGAGGCGGUGGUCGCGACGUAAGAGACGGGAACCGGGCGCCGAGAGGUGGGAGCUCGCAGAAAGGCCACCGCCUGGGGAGACCUACAUGAGGUGCAGGAGUGGCUGGGCCUCCCUUCUCCACCUCCGCGAGCACCCAGACUGAUGGCGAUGGUGAUGGCGGCUGCUACUCGGACAGCCCCAAUGAAACUGCGCUCGGAGCGCAAGACCAACCCCUCCUCUUCUUCCUCCUCCUCAGCCUACUCAACCUAGAGACAAGGAUGAAGAUCUUUAAGAUGUUCCACUUCCACUUAAUAAUUAAUAAUCAUCAUGUUGUACAGUUAAUAAACUUAUCUGUUGUGUGUGCAUGUGAAACUCUACUGUAUGGCUAGAAUUGUUUGAGGCGUUUUUUAUGCAUCAUCAUUACCUAAAUAUUCAUUGUGUAGAACAUCAUGUGCAAAACUUGUAUUGUGAAGGGGGUGGCCUGUCCUUACAUAGACAUAGGUGAAUGAUAUUUAACAUAAAAUUAAUAAUAUGUUAGUUUUCUAACUGCUUUAUAACUUGCCUUCCAAUAAUUACAUUACUGUACAGCAUGCCUCUCUCACAAUGGAGAAACUGUUUAUCAGCCUAUCAUCACAACACUAGCACAUGUAAGAAUGGUUAACCUGAAAUCCAGAGAUGAUUGAUUAAUUGGUAUCUACUAUAUACAAGUUGGUUACCUAGACCACUUUGGAUUGAGAAAACUGUAGGAAGUUAGUAACUGCCACAAGCGAACGCCAGACUUUCUUCAAAACUGGUAACCUGUGAGCAUUCAUAUUCUAGAGUGAAUGAAGCACAACAAUGCCUGAAAAGCUGCAUAUGAGUCGGCGGGGCUUGUGGACUGGAGAGGUUCACUGCAGGUACAUCCAGAAAGUGCCCAGAAGAAACUUCCUGCCAGAAAAACUAAAAAAGCAGUAUUUAUAACACUGGAAUUUUUGGAUAACUUAUUAAAAUGGCAGAAAAUAGUGAAAGUAAUAGUAAAAAUGUAGAUGUCAGGCCCAAAACUAGUAGGAGUAGAAGUGCUGACAGAAAGGAUGGUUAUGUGUGGAGUGGAAAGAAGUUAUCUUGGUCAAAAAAGAGUGAAAGUUUUUCAGAUGCUGAAACAGUAAAUGUUAUAGAGAAAACUGAAGUUCCUUUACAGAGCCAAGAAAGAAAGCACAGCUGUUCAUCCAUCGAGUUGGAUUUAGAUCAUUCUUGUGGGCAUAGAUUUUUAGGCCGAUCUCUUAAACAGAAACUGCAAGAUGCUGUGGGGCAGUGCUUCCCAAUAAAGAAUUGUAGUAGUCGGCACUCUUCGGGGCUUCCAUCUAAAAGAAAAAUUCAUAUCAGUGAACUCAUGUUAGAUAAGUGUCCUUUCCCACCUCGAUCAGAUUUAGCCUUUAGGUGGCAUUUUAUUAAACGACACACUGCUCCUAUAAACCCCAAACCAGAUGAAUUGAUAAGCACAGAUUUGUCUCAGAGUGAAUUGAGGGAUGGUCAACCAAAACAAAGAAGAAACAUGGAAGAAGAGGUGAACUGUUUCUCACAUCCCAAUGUUCAGCCCUGUGUUAUAACCACCAACAAUGCUUCAUGUAGAGGUGGUCCUAUGCCUGGCUCUUUGAUGAACCUGGUUUCAAAUAAUAGUAUAGAAGAUAGUGAUAUGGAUUCAGAUGAUGAAAUUAUAACACUUUGCACAAGUUCCAGGAAAAGAAACAAACCCAAAUGGGAAAUGGAUGAAGAAAUCCUUCAGUUGGGAACAACUCCUAAGUACCACACCCAGAUUGAUUAUGUCCACUGUCUUGUACCAGACCUCCUUCAGAUCAAUAACAAUCCAUGUUACUGGGGAGUUAUGGAUAAGUAUGCAGCUGAAGCUCUCCUAGAAGGAAAACCAGAGGGUACCUUUUUACUUCGAGACUCAGCACAGGAAGACUAUUUAUUCUCUGUUAGUUUCAGACGCUAUAGUCGUUCUCUUCAUGCUAGGAUUGAACAGUGGAAUCACAACUUUAGCUUUGAUGCACAUGAUCCUUGUGUCUUCCAUUCUCCUGAUAUUACUGGGCUCCUAGAACAUUAUAAGGACCCAAGUGCCUGUAUGUUCUUUGAACCACUUUUAUCCACUCCCUUAAUUCGGACUUUCCCCUUUCCCCUACAGCAUAUAUGCAGAACAGUAAUUUGUAACUGUACAACUUAUGAUGGCAUUGAUGCCCUUCCAAUUCCUUCUUCUAUGAAAUUAUAUCUGAAGGAAUAUCACUAUAAAUCAAAAGUUAGAGUACUCAGGAUUGAUGCACCAAAACAACAAUGCUAGGUAGAGGGUAGGAACAUGGGAAUUUAAUACCUUAUUUUUCUUAAUGCUACUUUGAGUUUUUCUACAAGGGCAGUUAAGAGUCUGAAAUAAACCUCUGCCCUAAAUUUUGCUUCCAGAUCUGUUUAUUUUUCUUACAAAACACUAAUUGUUUAAAGUUACACACUAAGGGUUAAUGGGUAUUUUUGACCAAGUGGUUUUUGUUUUUAUUCUAUAGAGUAUAUACUUAAUUUUUUUUCUUUUCUUAAUUAUAACUUGCAUAUGAUCCAGGGAUAUUUGAAAAUUGGUAGACAUUGUAAACACAGUUAAUAAUUUGUAUUUCAUUAUUUUUUUUAAAAAUAAUCCUGUGUCCUUUCUUACAUGUAAAAUGCUUUGUUAACUUAUGCCAUUGGCAUUCCUAUACAUAAAAUACGGUUUCCCCAUCUCCCUUUCCAGAGUUGUUUUCAAAUUCUUCAGUAAAGCUGAGUGUUGUAAUUCACAAUCUAUACUAAUGUAAUUGACUUGUAAUUUACUAAUAGGGAUGUUAAAGGUAACAACAUAGCUUAAAAUCCAAUUUGAUGUGUUUUUACAGUAUUUUAAAUAUUAACUAAAGCAGGAUUACUAAAUUUGAUUAAUCUCAUCAGUAAGAAUCAAAUGAGAGCAUAACAUUUUUGGAGGUGAAUGUAUUCUACAAUGUGGCAUGGUCAUUUGUUAAUCCUUGAAUAGGUCUCUCUUAAAACCUGGAACAUAAAUAUUGUUCCUUUCUCACUGGGAGCUUUAAAAAUAAUGAUAACACUGUUAGUAACUAGUAGUUACUAAAGUUCUAAAACAAUUGUGGGGUUGUUUUUUUUCUGUAUUUACUUAUGAACUGUUUCUUCUACUUAGCUCUUUUAUAGAAACUCAGCCUGUUACUUGGGGAGAUGCUACAGUUUAUAAACAGCCACACAUUUUCAUUGGUCCCUAAAUAAGUUUUCAUUAUUUUAAAUUGAACUUGAAUAAAGAUUCAAGAAGUGAACAUAGAGCUUAGUAUUCAGAAAGCUUAAUAUUGUUUUUAAUCUUCAAGUUUCAAAUAAUUAUUUCUAUCUUCAGAAUUAACAUGUCUUUAUUGUAGCUUCAAAAAAAGGAAAACAUUUUGAGAGCUACAUGGCUUAGGUCAUACUGAACAGUACUAGGCAACAGGUGUAAUAUUUUAAAUUUACUUUCCCAAGAACAGGAAAGCAUUUUUAGAAACACCAUUAUCCCUAUGUAAGAUAAAUGAAGUGAUAUCCUAUCUAUCCCCUCUUUAAAAGAAUCAGUGAAUAAUAAAUCUCCUAGACAACUGUUUCUUCUGAUGACCUGUUUACAUAUAGUAAUUAAUUUCUUGAUGCUGGUUUAGCUCUAAUAGGAAACUUUCUACCUGGGUUGAAAAAAUUUUUACUAAAAUUUAGUUAUAAUAAAUGUUUCUUAAAUACCAUUGCUUUUAUGUUGAAGUAGCAUUUCUAUUUCCUGCAGCUCUGCUGCUAAUAUAAAUAUAGCAUUUUUCAAUAAUAGUGUUAAAAUAAAUUUUUAGCAAUUACCACAAAAUUAAACCAAGAAAAUCUGUUCCCAUUAUCUUCUACCAUUCUUUUUUCUCGGUGAUCUCAAGAUUGUCUUGGUUCCAGUGAAGGGUAGCUAUUAGAAUAGCACCUCUAUUAGCAGAUGAGGCUCAGGAUUUCAACACCAAUGUCAGGAUAAAUAUCUCUUCUAAAGAUGCUAUUUUCCUUUUACAAAAGAAAAGUCUCAUACUACCUCAUCUUUAUUGUGGCACUUUUGUAGUUCACUGAGAAGCUUAUCUUAUUUACCAAUAUUACAAUUCCUAAAUGCUCAUCUUUGGUGAAAGAAAAUUAAUAGUAUGGUAAGACUCUACCCAUGAUUAUAAUUUUUUAUCAGAAUUUGAUAAUGAGACUUUCUGUUUCUAUGAAACAAUUAUUUUAAAUAUUUUUCUUUAAAAAUAAUUUUUAUCAGUACAGAAAAACCUAAGGGAUGACAAAAACAAAUAUUCUGUUAAAAGGUAAUUUUAUAAAGAAAAAUGAAGCAUAAUUAUGUUGUCUUUUAUAAUGGUAAAAAUUGGUGUUUAUAUAAAAUCAAAAAUCUAAGUAGCUUUUCAUAUAGUCAAACUGUGAUAUAUUUUCUUUGGCUUUCUCAAUUUCAAGGUAUUAAUAGCUGUUAUACUGCCAUAUAUAUAGCAUUGAAGUAGAUGAUCUAAUAAAUGAGAGCAGGAAACAGACUCAUUUACUCUGAAAUGGUUUGUAUUUUUCUUUGGUAUUUGCUACAGUUAAAA